CCCGGAUACAGGAUUAUAAAACCUUUUAUCGAUCGCGAUACGAUAUGGUUUACGGUCCGAUUCGACUACCUCGACCGAUCGAUUGAUCGAUCGAUUCUGCGAUACGUAAGCGAAGUCAAUUCAGUCAGAAACGUUUAUGGCGUAAGUUUGGUUACUUGGAACGAGGUUGUUUAACGAAUUUUGUUAAUGAGAUCGAUUUGUGUCUUACUUUUUUUAAUAAAUUAAAGAACUUUGCAAUUGUGAAAAGUGAAUAAAGCACAGACCUGACUUCCACGGAGGCUGAGCGUGAAUUGAGGGAACAGCAACAGUGCAGCUGUAUUGUUGAACACGCGGUCGAUCACGUGGCUGCCUCCCACCAUUGCGUCUCCACAUUGCAGUCUUUGUUUUGCACCUGUCGAGCAAGUAUAUCAUAUGAAUUAAAUAGAGAAUAAAUUCCUAAUUAGAACUUUAACAUGGAAACAAAGGCGAGAUGUCAGAUGGUUUAUAGACUCCCUUUAAACUACCCUUGAUUUAUUUCAUGGACACAUACCAGCUAGGAAACAAUGACGGGCUCGCUCGACUGUAUAACAACGAAAUAUAAUCCAUAGAAAAUAUGUAAGCUAGCAAAGUGAUAUCGGAAGAUUGAAAAAUCUGUGGCUCGUGAAGCCAGGUGACGAAAUUUGAGAGGGAAAUAGGCACGGUCCAUGCGAAAGAUCGAAAGUGAACUCAUUGAUUUGUAUAUCGUCAUCUCGAGCAAAGAUGAUCGCUUACUUUUCAGCUGCGGUAGCAGCUGACAAACCUUCUGCUGUGGCAGCUUCGUCGUGAAUAUCCAGCGGUAGAUAUUUUCUGGUGGACAGGUGCUUGCAAUCUGCUUGCGCGACAGCCGGCGUUCGUGACGAUUCUUGGCGUAGCAACGAAUAAAUCGAAUCGGAUCAUUUCGUGUCUUUAAUUUUAAGUCCUAGUUCUAGGUCUAAUCUUCAAUUAUAAAUCUUUAAUUUUCAGUUUCACUCUUCGGUUUCAACGUUGGACAAUGUGAAUCUAAAUUCUGGAGAUCGUUAUACGGAUGCGAUUUAUUCGAAGAAAUAAUUUUUUGCUCUGACUUACUCUCCAAAACUUUCAACGAUUCAAUUUAAUCGAUUCCAAUUUAAUCCAUUUUUCUGUCACGUGACACAUAUUUGUCCUUGUUGCACAUUAUCGCUUUUCUUGUCUACGGAGGUGCUGCCAUCUAUAUGCGACAGAGUAUUAAAAAAUGUGCCAUAUACUGCUAUCUGUUGGAUAGAACUAAAUUAAACUAAAUUGUAAGUUCUAGCAAUAUGGGAUACAUGGCAGCACACGAUACAUUCCUAUCGAACUAGCAACUCGUGCCUCUAAUCAUAGGGAAAGAGCCCCCUCCACAUUUACUUUUACCUAUCGUUCAUCCCUUCUGGAACCCCACACGUCACACGAACCUCACUCUACAUUUCAAUUUAAUUGCGUGCGCUGUUCUACAGUCACAUUUCAUACGUGUUAGUUUCACCGAUUAUAAUGGCUGGCUCGAUAAAUGAGAGUGGGGAUUGUGUAGCGCAUGGAAAAAGAACGUAGAGGGGGAAUCGGCUCAUCGAAAGUCAGACUUUCGUGUGGCUCACGUAGGGGAAGAAAUUGGACAGGUCUGGAUUAGACGAUCGAGUUAACACAAUUCAGUAAACUAACGAAAAUAUUAUAUGUACAAUAUUUAACAAUAAACCAUAGUGUGAAUACGACGUAUAAAUUACAACUAGCAAAUGGUCGGCAAGUGUUGAUGAGGAGAACAAUUGAAUUCAUUCACUAUCGAAAGUGCCGUGUUACGAAACAUUAAUUAGUAACGAACGGAUUAAAAACCAAAUAAAUGGAAGAAAAAGAGGAAAAAUUUCCUGCUCAAUGGGCACUUGAUGUUCUUGAACCUACACCUGUCGAUCAAUCAAAUAGUAUUCUAAAAUAUUAUGGAGUGCCACCUUCUAUGAUCUGUGGACCACUUGGUGUAAUAGCUUAUAAUUAUUCUACAGCUAAACCUCUAUAUUGCAAUAAACUAUACAUGGUAAUAUCAGCUAUAGGCUUGGGUGUCACUGCUUUUUGGAUACAGUGGUCCGCUGAGUUACAGUUUGCAAGAAAACACGCAAUGAUGAGAGAUUAUAUAAUGCGUCAUCCAGAACGUUUUCCUGAACCAGAAAACAGAAAGUAUGCAGAUAUCUUGAGGCCAUGGGUUCCAAUCCGUUAAAGGAUUGAAAUCUGCUUACAAAAUAGUUGAUUUAUAUUAAAGAAUAUAGAAUAAAAUAUAUGAUGUAUCACAUGUCAUAUUUACUUAUCUUUUGUUUACUUUUAUCUUUAAUCGCACAAAAUUCAUUGCACGAAUUGUUACUGCAUGAAUUUUUUUAAACUAUAAAAAUGUAGUGAACAAAAUCUUUUUUUCUAUUUGUAACUUAAUUUAUGAUUUUUACAGAAUUUUUGUCUUCUAAAUGACAAUAAACAAAUAAAUAUCAUCAUUAAAAUGAAAUAAAUAUAAUUUUUAUUUUAAUGAGAAUUUACAGCUCUUUUAUACUUUAUGCAAGUUUGACAAAACAAAUUUAAUAUAUUUAAUAAAGUAUUACUUAUAGUUAAACACAGUAAAAAAAAAAAAAAAUGAAACA